AUGGAUGGUGUUGCAGAAAACCCCAUUGUGACAGAGGCUAAGGAACUUGCUAGGUUCUACAUCCAAACAAAAGUGAGUAACAGGAAUCUCACUCCACCCAGCAAGACAGCGGCAACUCUACAGAGAACGGCAAAUGAACUCCUGGAGCGGCACCAGUAUUUCUUCACCGGCAUGUUCAACAGGUUACAGAUCUCGCCCGAGACAAGCUACACAACGUUCAAGAACGUAGCGGAUGAAAUGUUAAAGGACCAACCAGUCAACUGGGGCCGCGUUGUCGCGCUGUACGCCUUUGCUGGCAGAAUAGCGUUCCACUUUCGAGAGCAAAACCCAGAGGGAGCUGAAACGUUUGGGGAAUUUCUGGGAAAGUAUGUUGGAGGCAACCUUGAAGGUUGGAUCAAAGAAAAUGGAGGAUGGGAAACCUUGAACAAUGUGUUUCGGAAGGAUCAACCCGUGGAAAUUACCUUUCGGAACGGACUUAUCUUCACUGCGGCCGCCCUAGUUAUUGCUGCAACUAUUCUCAAGCUCAUCUAUUGA